AUGAAGUGUGGGAAUAAUUUGGCAUAUGUCUUGAAGCCAAACAUACCUGGAAAAUACAUAAACUAGUACCUCACUCAGUCUUAUUGUUUUCUCAGCUUCAUUUACAAUUUUCUCUUUACCUGGGUAUAACUGGUGCAUGGUGUAACCAGUGUGUAGAGAACGAAUAUCAUUUCUCCAGGUUUUUGGUGGAAUCGGCAGAAAACGAUAGCAUAUACCACCUGCGCCAGGUGAUAAAAGAUUUUUGGAAUUUUGUAAACAUAAUAAAAAUUGGAGUAUUGUGGAAAUAUAUUUAGAAGAUUGAAUUUUAUUGUAAUUUGUGGAAACGUUUCUCGGAGAUAGUGAAAAAAUCCGAAUUGACAAGAUUGAAUUCCACUGUUGGGAGUAUACUUAGCGAAAAGAAAUAGGAAAAUGACGACGGUGAAUUUAUCAAGGCAGUCUAUAAACCAACCAUGGGGUAUGAAGAUCUGUGGGGGUCGUGAUUUUAGGGUACCAUUACAAAUAAAGAAGGUUGACCCAAACUCGCCAGCAGCCGGGUACGUUAACAGUGGUGAUGGAAUCAAGGCUAUCGGGGGAACCAGCGCAGAUAAUCUGACACAUAUGCAGGCCCAUCAGCUCAUAAAAAGUGCCGGAAACCAUCUACAGCUCACAGUGCUACAGGGCCAUUUCAAGGAAGUAACAGGAAUAAAGCCAAAGGGUCCUAUCAAGUUUUCACCAUGGAGAAAUAAACAACAGUAGAAACGUAUAUCCAACAGUGAAACAUUGGUCAGAAAACAACAUCUGCAAUUUGUUAUGCUCCAGAUUUCGAGUUUAAUGAACACUAAAAGCUUCAGCAAAAUUUAGAAUUUUUUGACUGUUGAGAAUUUCCGUGAUGAAUAUGUACAUUCCAACUGUUUAGUUCUGUGGGAAAAGUCACGGAAAACUUUAUAUAACACUUACUUCCGCUAGCGGACGAAGAAUGAUCUGCAUCCCUAUAGAGGCCACAAUGGAUCUGCAUUAGAAUAUGUUUGCUGCCCCAAUACCCAACCCAAAUUUUGAACCAGAACUGAAGAACUUAUCGUGUGAUUUUUUAUUUUUAUUUUUUUAGUUUUCUCGGCAUUUUUUGCCUAAACUAGCAUCUAUUUAAUGUUUUCAAAAAAGGUGGUAAUACAGUCAAUAAUAAUGAUUUUUACUUGAUUUGAACUGAACAGACACAUACAGGAAUAGUUCGAAAAUGGGAAGUGCAAAGUAUUAAUAAAAAGCAACAGUAUCACACGAUGCCGGCUGUGAGAUUGAUGAGAUUGACAUAACGUUUAUUAUGUUUUGAUCACCAUAUCUAAUGCUUGAUUCACAUUAUUAUGUAACAUAUUGUGACUCUAUUUUUAUCUUUCAAAAAUAAUAAUAGAUGAAACAUAUAUAAAAUUGUAAACGGAUAGGCAGGCGGUAGCUAUUAUGACGUUAAACCUGUUUCUUUCUUAUGUGCAAAAAGCGUUAAUUUUUUCCAGUAUCUAUGUUAAUAAAUCAUUUUCUUACAGUACCUUAUUCUACUCGACAAAAUUAUAAGAACAAAGAAUGACUUUUCUUCGAGUUUGUUUCUUUUAUAAAAGAAAAAAAAAAACAACUCAACAACAACAAAAUAUUCAAACAACCGAUUAUGGUAAGAAUGUGUUCCUUAUAAUGUGAAGCAAGCAAUAAUAUAAGCAAACCAGUGAUUUCCGUCCUCUGCUGAAAAUAGUCUUAAAUCACUUUAUGUUUUGUAUAUCGAGGUGACCAUAUCUGUAUUUCAAUGUGUGCAUUAUUUUGUUCCUUCCAGUGUAUAUUUUGCAUUUUUGUCAUUAUACAUAUUUAGAUUUUUUUCUCGUAGAGGCUACCCUUUGGUUAGGGCUUAAUAUAUUUAUCGCAUAUGAUUUUUGUAUCCUUUCGAAUAAUAUUUACAGAGUGUAAAAAUGUCUUUUUCCAAUUGUACAAGAUUGUCUCGUGGUUCACCAGCUGAAUACUUGCAGUAAUUUUUACCUGCAGUCUUGUAUCUCCCUGUAAUGACAUUUUCUAUCAUUUCGAACAGUGAGAUGCAAGUCAGCUACAAUAAUCCGCGAUUGGUUUAAGACUUAGAACACUGUAUUCAGUACUAUUACGAGUCGGUACUUUAGACUUUUAAGAUUGUUCAAAUUUUCAUUUGCCCUAAAUUAACGCAAUUUAAAGACAUUUUAUACCAGUAUACCCAGCAAACAUUGCAUAUAUACUAGUAGCCGACAUAGGACCGAAGCGAAUUUCAGAUUGGGCUUCACCUCAAUUUACGCAGUAUCAGUCUGGCAUAGUUUUCGACAUAUAUCAGCUGAAUGUCGGCCCUAUGUCGUUCCAAUAUACUAGUGUUUGCUGGGUAGGUCCCAAUAAAUAGAAAAUGUUCUCUGCAGAACGCGACAUACGAUAAAAAAAAAUAGAAAAAAAAAGAAUAUUUGUGCAAAAAAUUUGUUUUAUCUCUGUGUAAAUGACAGUUCUAUUCUCUGUUUAAUUAAGACAGUUAUGUAAAUUUCUUUGUGAAUAUUAUGAUUUAUUGUGUGCUUUACGUGUUUACAGUUGCAAAUGAAAUAAAGGGAUGUUUAGAGUUUACAUUAUGUAUGGAUGGAAAAUAAAGACAAUUUACGUUUGAAACCUU